AUGAAUGCCUCUGGCCAGCCACUGGGCCAACUCCUUCUCUGGGGCCUGGUACUUAUCACCGUGUCUUACACUGUCAAGAGACUAGUCAACGCAUGGAGACAUCCUCUAUCCCGCUUCCCGGGCCCAUUCUUGGCUGGUCUAAGCGACUUCUCUCACUGCAGACGCUUCUUGGGCGGUCGUCAGCCAUAUGAGAUACUGAAGCUCCACGAGAAGUACGGCCCAGUCGUGAGGGUUGCUCCCAACGAGCUCUCGUUCAACACCGCCCAAUCAUGGAGGGAUAUCUACGAAAAGAAGAAAGGUCACGCGACAUUCAUAAAGAGCGACUUCUACGAUGGCGGCAAUUUUGCAGCUGAAGCGCACUCGAUUGUCAGCGUGCGCGACCCUGAUGAGCACGCCAACAUGCGAAGAUACCUCCGUGACGCCUUCUCGGACCGCUCACUUCGAGAGCAGGAGUAUCUGAUCUCUGAAGUCAUUGAUCGGUUUGUAGAGAGAAUAGGCGAAGAGGGGAAAGACAAGGCGGGAAUUGACAUAGUGAGGUGGUUCAAUCUCGCAACCUUUGACAUCAUCGGGAGUUUAGCCUUCGGCCAGUCGUUUGAUGGCAUCAAGUCUGGAACUGAACACCCUUGGGUCGCGAUUGUCGUCAAGAGUCUCCGAAUGGGUGCUUUCGCAGACUGCUUUAAGAGAUUUCCUUUGAUUGGAAAAGUCUUCACGACCGUGUUUCCCGGGCUUCUCAAAAAGCUGAUCGAAGACACGCGGCGACAUGAAGCAAACACCAUGGACCUUGUUCAGAAGCGCAUCAACCAAACGACAGAUCGCAAAGACUUCCUUACAAAGAUUCUGGAGCACCGGCAGACAGACAACCUCUCAGACGCGCAAAUAGCAGCCCACUCCUCAGACUUUGUAAUUGCUGGGAGCGAGACCACUGCUACGGCUCUCUCGUGCAUCACGUAUUAUCUUCAGAGGAGUCCCGAAAUCCUGCACACUUUGCAGAAAGAAAUUCGUACCUCAUUCAAAUCGUACGGAGAGAUUAGCGACGCUUCAACAGCGACACUGGAAUACCUCAAGGCCGUAAUACUGGAAGGGAUGCGGAUGUAUCCGCCCCUACCAUUCCCGCUACCGCGUGUUGUGCCCCGAGAAGGCGGCAUAGUUGAUGGGCACUUCGUUCCUGGAGGGACUGUUGUUUCGACAAACCCCCUCGCAGCGUCAAUGUCUGCCGAGAACUUCCACGAUCCCUGGGUAUUUGACCCCAAGAGAUGGAUGGAUACUAAGAACAACGACAUACUGGAUGCUAGUCAGCCAUUUUCUCUUGGCAGCAGGAUUUGCAUGGGACAGAGCCUCGGCUGGAUGGAAAUGCGCACUAUUCUGGCCAAGAUGCACUACAAGUAUGACUUGGAACUCGUUGAUAACAGCCUUGACUGGCAUGCUCAAUCCGAGAUGCACACCCUCUGGCAGAAACCAGUCAUGAAUGUCGUUGUGCGGCCAAGGUCUAAUUAA